GAAUGUCUCACUUUGCAUAGUAUAUUCUCAUUGGCUAAUUCAUAUCACCUUCAUGAAGAAGAAUAACGAGAGCGUUUUACAACGCCUACAACUAGAUCGCAUGCAGACAUGUACACGAAAACACACAUAACAAGACGUAUAUAUAAAUACACUUUGAAACAAUCUUCACACCAUACUAGCGUAGACUGAACAUCAUGUCAAUUAUCUAUUUGUUCAGCUUCAUAUUACUCGCAUUUUCUUAUUCCACUGUGAAUUCAUUAGUCCCGAAACCGACUACAUACAAGGAAGGUGAACGUACAUGCCGCCUAAAUGAAGAUUUACCAAUUGAACAUGCAUAUUCAUAUUGUUUGAUACUUAACGAUGCAGUGGAAGAGUUCAGCAAACGUCUGGUGAAAACAUCACAACACCUGCAUAAUAAAGAAACUUCCUGCAGUAUUGACAAAAUGACGAUUUCCAUCACUGAUGAAUGUGACGAAUCAUAUGGUGAUUUGUGGCCAAGUGAGAAGAUGAAAGAAUCAUACAAAAUUGUCAUAUCGGAUGAGAAGAUCGAAAUUACAUCUACUGAAGUAUGGGGAACAUUACAUGCACUACAGACUGUCUUACAAUUGGCGCACAGAAAUGCAUUCGGGACUUUAGUAAUAAACGAAUCUACAAUCGAAGAUUCACCCCAGUUCACUCACAGAGGAUUUGUAGUUAACACUGCUGCUCAUUUCAUCAGUGUUGAUGUGCUGGAGAAUUUUCUUAAGUGGGGUCCUAUCACACCAGUUGUUUGGGAGGACGCAUUCGAGAAUGGCUAUCGUCCGACGAAGCAGAAUCCUGUGUUCCAAGUAUGGAAGGAUUCGCAAAGGCAAGAGCGUGUCAAGAACAUAACAUCAGCUGGCUAUCGAGUUAUACUUUCCUCAUGUUUUCGUAUCUUUGCCAAUAAUUAUGUGGAGCAUUGGUACCCAUACUACGAAUGUGAUCCAAGAGACUUCUCAGAAUCAGAGCAAGAAAAGCAAUUGGUUAUUGGUGGUGAAGCUUUUGUCGUUGGCGAUUUUGUGGAUGAUACGAUUCUCUUCACGCGUUCAUGGCCUGAAGGUGCAGUUGUAGCUGAACGUCUUUGGUCACAAGGUGAAUUCAAAAUUGAGGAAUUUAUACCACGAUUAACUGAACUGCGUUGCCGCAUGUUAGAUUUUGGAUUAAAUGCAAAACCACUGAACGAACCGAAAAGCUGUUUACAACUAUGAAAUUUGCAUUUGAAUUAACUGGAUUUCGAACUGAAUCAAAUUCACCAUUUCUUUAUCAAUCUGUGAUGGAUUAUAAUAUAUAAUUUCCA